AUGAUCACCCGUAAGAUUGGCCCGGCAUUGGCGGCUGGCUGUACAGUUGUCGCAAAAAGCCCUGGGGAGACUCCAUUUACUGCCAAUGCUCUCGCAGAACUAGCCCUUCGAGCGGGUAUUCCUAAAGGCGUGGUGAACAUCGUCACUGCUCUGGAAAAUACCGCUGAGGUCGGCCAAACCCUUACCACUCAUUCGGAUAUCAAGAAGAUCUCGUUUACUGGCUCGACUCGUGUGGGCAAGCUCCUUAUGAGCCAAGCCUCUUCUAGCGUCAAAAGAGUUUCUUGGGAGCUUGGUGGUAAUGCUCCGUUCAUUGUCUUUGAUGACGUGGAGGAUAUCGAUGCCGCGGUAACUGGUGUUCUUGCGUCGAAGUUUCGAGGUACUGGACAGACCUGUGUCUGCGCCAAUAGGAUCUACAUUCAUCGAAUCCACUAUGAAGCUUUCGCGGAGCGACUUGUCAAGCGCAUUAGGGACUUGAAAGUCGGACCUGGAUUCGCGCAAGGUGUCACCCACGGGCCGCUCAUCCAUCCCGCAGCUGCACAAAAGGUUAAUGACCACGUUGCUGACGCCAAAUCCAAAGGUGCUCGUGUGCUUCUGGGAGGAAGCCCUAUCCAAGAGCUAGGACCUACAUUCUUUCAACUUACAGUCUUGGCUGAUAUGACUCACGAUAUGCGCAUUGCCUCUGAAGAAACCUUCGGACCCGUGGCAGCCCUAUUUCCCUUCGACACUGAGGACGAGGUGAUCCAGCUUGCCAACCGCUGCGAGGUUGGCCUGGCGGCGUAUAUCUUCAGUGAUAACAUCAGAAGAGUCUUCCGUGUAGCGGAAGCUCUCGAGGUCGGUAUGGUCGGUGCCAACACCGGCUCUGUCAGUGACGUUGCUGCCCCAUUUGGUGGAGUAAAAGAGAGUGGAUUUGGCCGCGAGGGAAGCAAAUAUGGAAUCGACGAGUUCGUGCAUGUCAAGAGUAUCACCCUGGGUGGAAUAUUUUAA